AUGACUUACGCAACUAUGAGUAAGAGCUUAGUACACUUGUAUCGUGAGCUUACUCUAUGGGGAUUCGGACAGAAGGCUAGCAGAAAGAUGGCUGUAACCAAGUUUAUUAACUUUAUCUGCGCUCAGCUCAUAAGGGAAAAGCUCGAAAGGAGAUAUUUCCUGCCUUUCACUAUUGAUGAGAGAAGAUCUAUACUCUCCUGUAAAUACUAUUUCAACAUGAGAAUAAGACAGGCUGUUACUUGUCCGGAACUCAGCUACUUCGAAAGAAGUUCAAUCAGAGAAUCUUUGGCUGAUCUUUUACAUCAUUGGAUCUUCUUCGGACCUGGCAAGACUAUGUUCAUGACUGUUCGACCACCAGUCAUCUAUGGCAGAGUCUAUGGUGAGGUCUUCCUAUUAAAAGGAAAUUCACAUAUAUCAUUCCAGCUCAUCGCUGCAGACUCCGUAAAGUAA